UUCACUUUCAGUACAGUCUGCCUUUGGCCAGCCAUCCACCAUGAAGGUGUCUUUAUUACUGCUCACACUGGUCUCCCUUUUAUUGCUGGCCAAAUCUCAGAUCUCAGUAAACCCGCAUGAUGUGGUCACCUUACCAAUUAUAAGGACGACAAAAACGACUCCUAAGCCACAGAGUCCUUACUGCCAGCCAAAACUGUGCCCCAAAGGACAACACCAUGUGGCGUGCGAAAACUAUUAUAAGAGCCUUCACGGAGCUUGUCCCGCCAAGCAGAUACAUUUUGUGAAUCUGACCGAUCUCGCCGAGACUAUCAUUAAGCAGCACAAUCAGCGGCGUUAUCUAUUGGCCAGCGGCAAGGAUUCCAAACUGCCAAGAGCUGCUCGAAUGGUGGCCAUGCAAUGGGACGAGGAAUUGGCCGCCGUGGCAGGAUUCAAUGUGAGGAUGUGUCAGCCCAUGCACGACGAUUGCCGCAAUACAGUCAAGUACCCAAGAUCCGGACAGAAUAUCAUAGUAUUCAAUAUGACACACCAUGUGGAAAAGAAGGUAAUGGAACAGCUCUACCAGGAGUUAAUGUCCAUUGCCGUCAAUACCUGGUGGUCGGAGGCAGAAAAUAUGACUGCCGCGAAUAUGGAGCUUUUUCCAUGUGAUGAGAAAAGGCAAAAAGCGUACCGCCACUUUGCGGUCAUGGCCGUCGAGGGAAACUCGCACGUGGGCUGCGCCGGAUUGCUCUACGUGGUCAAGAACCUGACCCAGUUCAAGCUGACCUGCAACUACGCCCGGGCUCCGGUAUGCGGACAGCCGAUCUACCGCUUCCAGCCCGUCGGUUGCCAGACGGGCCGCAACAAGAAGCACUCGUCCUUGUGCUCGCCCACGGAACUAUUCCACUGAAUUCCCAAUUUGGGGGUCAGGGUAGCGCCACUUCAUUUAUAACAUCCACAUUGAAUGCAUCUUGUUUAUCCAUGUUUAUCCGAAACCUGGCCAUAAAUACCAAACCGAAGGACUGGUCGCUUUUCAGCUGGCCAUGCAAAAUUCAAACAACUCCAUCGGAAUGGAAUUUCUGCCAAUUUCCUGUGACGAACCAGCCCCGAGGUUCUUGGCGGGCUUGGCAGGAAGUAUCGAUGGCGGUGCAAUUACCUGCAUAACAGCCCGGUAAAAUAGCCACACAGAAAGAAAACUCUGAUGGAAAUAUAAAUUUUAUUAUACCCUUCGUAUGUUUGGACAAAGCUACUUCGA